ACUUAUCGUAUACCCCUGAUCGCGCCACACCGAUACACGCGUCGCGCAUACAGCGGUGGUGUCGCGGAUACUUUCACUCGUAUGCCCGGACACGCUCGGAGCACGACGCACGAUCGCGUUGCCGCGACGAACGGCGAUGGACCGCACUUCGACCGCUUUUCGCAGUAACGUCGCGAGAGGCGGCAGCGGUGACGGCCAACUCGGAUGACUCACGCGUGUCGCCUCGUAGCCGAGCGCUGGUGGCUCCCCUCUGCUGCGUGUAUCUCCCCUGUAGCCGUGCGCCUCGGUUGCCGUUCGUGUUGCAGCAGUGUGACACGGUGCGGUGUACGAAUCGUUGGUUCGAGUUGAGGAGAAGGGAGCGAUUCCUGGGACAAAGAAAAUCGGCCGCGCUCUCUCCGCCGAUCUCAGUGUGGCCCGCGCGCGGUGCAGUCAGGUGCGGUGUAGUGUCGUGUCUCGUGCGGGGCUCGGAGUUUCGCGCGAGAGACCCGCUUGCCGGCGGAUCGUAAAUGUGUCAUUAUGGCAAAUCAAACGAUCGGAAUGGACCAGUUCUGCGGCACCAAAUUCUGGGACGCUAAUCUAACAUGGUACACAAACGACCCAGAUCUAACAGAAUGCUUCCAAAAGACGAUAUUAGUAUGGGUGCCAUGUAUAUUUCUAUGGGCGUUCUCGGCGAUGGAAGCAUAUUACCUUUUAAAUAGCAAAAGGAGAAACGUCCCGUACACGUGGUUAUUUAUUUCUAAGCAAGUACUUACAGUAGGAUUAAUUUUACUUUCCAUAGUUGACUUAGGAAUGGCGAUACACGCAAGUACUUAUCGUCCGGUCCACAGUGUUGAUUAUUGCACACCCGUUAUAAAAAUUGUUAGCUUUACAUUAGCAUCAACUUUAAUGCAAUACAAUAGAAAACAUGGAAUGCGAACGUCAGGUCUUUUAUUCCUCUUUUGGUUUUUCCUUACGAUAUGUGGAUUCGUCCAAUAUAGAAGCUUUGUAUACAAAUUCAUUAAAGGGGCAGAAUCGACGUACCCACUGGUGUCUUACAUGAUCUACUAUCCGAUAGUAGUGAUAUUGUUUGUACUUAAUUUCCUGGUCGACGCAGAGCCUAAAUUCUCCGAAUAUCCUACGGUUGAAUCGCCAUGUCCAGAGCAAAGUUCUUCUUUUCCUUCGAGAAUUUUUUUCGCAUGGUUCGAUUCCUUAGCGUGGAAAGGUUUUCGAAAGCCGCUCGAGACGUCUGAUCUGUGGUCCAUGAAUCCAGAAGACAUGGCCACGGAGAUUGUGCCGAAAUUCGACAAAUACUGGAACAAGAACCUGAGAAAGACAGACGAGCUGAUUUGGACUUACUUUAGAGUAGAAAGUGCAAAAGCAUCAUACCGAAAAGCAUCUGGACAAGUGGACUUUAACAGCGGUCGGAAAAAGAAAAUUGCUUCCAUCCUACCACCUAUCUGCAAAGCUUUCGGAGCAACGUUCAUGUUCGGCGCAUUCUUGAAACUAAUUCAAGAUGUUAUGACCUUCAUUAGCCCACAAAUAUUAAGGCUUCUGAUUGAUUUUAUCGAAGGAGAGGAGUCAAUGUGGAAAGGAUACCUUUAUGCUGCAUUACUGUUACUUACCGCGAUACUUCAGACGCUUGUGCUGUCACAAUAUUUUCAUCGUAUGUUUUUGGUCGGGCUGCGCAUACGUACCGCGCUAAUCGCGGCGAUUUACCGUAAAGCGUUGAGGAUGUCAAAUGCAGCGAGAAAAGAGACCACGCUCGGCGAGAUAGUGAACCUGAUGUCCGUUGAUGCUCAAAGAUUCAUGGACCUAACCGCGUACAUAAAUAUGAUCUGGUCGGCGCCCCUGCAAAUAGUUCUAGCUUUAUAUUUUCUCUGGAACAUAUUGGGACCGGCCGUGUUGGCCGGUUUAGCAGUUAUGAUUAUUCUCAUUCCUAUAAAUGGGGUGAUUGCCAACAAAGUGAAGACGUUACAAAUUAGACAGAUGAAGAGCAAGGACGAGAGGGUAAAGUUAAUGAACGAAGUACUUAACGGUAUCAAAGUGUUGAAGCUCUACGCAUGGGAACCCUCGUUCGAGCAGCAGAUACUUAAAAUCAGGGUCAAGGAGAUUCAAGUGUUAAAAGAAGCGGCGUAUCUGAACGCCGGUACGAGUUUCAUAUGGUCAUGCGCGCCCUUUUUGGUAUCUCUGGUAUCUUUUACAACUUAUGUACUUAUAGACGAAAAGAACGUCCUAAAUAGUAAGAUUGCCUUUGUUUCGCUCAGUUUGUUCAAUAUCUUGAGAUUUCCACUGUCCAUGCUGCCUAUGAUGAUUGGUAACAUUGUUCAAGCUUACGUCUCUGUAAAACGUAUUAAUAAAUUUAUGAACAUGGAGGAGCUGGAUCCUAAUAAUGUACAGCACGAUCCAUCGGAACCGAACGCGUUAGUAAUUGAGAACGGUAGCUUCUGUUGGGACAGCGAGGAAAUUGAGAGACCAAUACUACGAAAUAUCAAUUUCCAUGUAGAACAAGGUCAAUUAGUAGCAAUAGUUGGUACAGUGGGAUCAGGCAAGAGUUCCCUUUUAUCCGCUUUGCUUGGCGAGAUGGACAAAUUAAGUGGGAAAGUAAAUACAAAAGGAUCAAUUGCAUACGUUUCGCAACAAGCGUGGAUACAAAAUGCCACGUUGCAGGACAAUGUUCUAUUCGGAAAGGCCUUUAACAAAUCGAUAUAUAAUCGUGUAAUUGAAGCGUGUGCACUGACUCCGGACUUCAAGAUGUUGCCCGCGGGUGAUCAAACGGAGAUCGGAGAGAAAGGCAUAAAUUUGUCAGGUGGUCAAAAACAGAGAGUAGCCUUAGCUAGAGCUGUAUAUAACGAUUCGGAAAAUUAUUUCCUGGAUGAUCCUCUGAGCGCGGUGGAUUCGCACGUAGGGAAACACAUUUUUGAGAAAGUGAUAGGUCCGAAUGGCCUGUUGAAGAAGAAGACUAGAGUACUUGUUACGCAUAGCAUCACAUAUCUGCCAGAGGUUGACAACAUUAUUGUUCUUAAAGACGGUGAGAUAACGGAGUGUGGCACCUACAAGCAAUUACUAGAGAAAAAAGGUGCUUUCGCCGAGUUCUUAGUGCAGCACUUACAAGAAGUUGGAAAUAUGCACGUUGACGAGGGUUCCGAAGCAGAUUUACGUGAAAUUAAACAGCAGCUCGAAUCGACAAUGGGGGCGGAUGAGCUGCAACAAAAGUUAACUCAAGUACGGACCAGGAUAUCCGAGAGUCUAAGUGAAUCCGGUUCUGUGACCGACAAAAAAUCACUUAAUGGUUCUUUGAAACGGCAAUACUCGACGGAUAGUCAGCAGUCGGUGAAUUACGUGCAUAGCAAUAGUACAAAGGAGAAGGAAGCGCCGAAGCCCAACAACGUCGGGGAGAAGCUAAUAGAAGUCGAGAAAACCGAAACCGGAAGCGUAAAAUGGAAGGUGUACUCUCACUACUUGAAAUCCAUCGGAUGGUUCUUGUCGAUAUCGACGAUCGUGAUGAACGCGGUCUUCCAGGCGUUCAGCAUCGGCUCGAGCGUCUGGCUCAGCGUUUGGUCAAACGAUAAUCAAACCAUUGGAAAUAACACAAUUGAUACAGCGAGGCGUGAUAUGUACCUCGGUGUAUACGGUGCACUCGGUUUCGGCCAAGCGGUGGCGAGCUUUUUCUGCGAUUUGGCACCGCAGCUGGGUUGUUGGUUGGCUGCUCGCCAGAUGCACAUAGUGAUGCUGCGUGCUGUGAUGCGUGCCCCAUUGACCUUCUUUGAUACGACUCCUAUUGGUCGUAUUAUCUCCAGGUUUGCUAAAGACGUGGACGUACUGGAUACAUCUCUUCCCCCACAAAUUUCUGAUACCAUCUAUUGCUUGUUCGAGGUGAUAGCUACUCUUGUUGUCAUAAGCUACAGUACACCUAUAUUUGUCGUGGUGAUACUGCCAAUAGGCGCGAUUUAUUACUUUAUUCAACGUUUUUACGUUGCAACGUCGCGCCAAUUAAAACGAUUAGAGUCCGUGUCAAGAUCUCCUAUAUAUUCACAUUUUAGUGAAUCGGUGACUGGUGCACAAAUAAUCAGAGCGUACGGUGUACAAGAACAAUUUAUUCAUGAAUCUGAAAAUAGGGUAGAUUUCAAUCAAGUGUGUUACUUUCCUAGCAUUAUUGCAAACAGAUGGCUGGCCGUGAGAUUGGAGAUGGUUGGAAAUUUAAUCAUAUUCUUCGCAGCAUUAUUCGCUGUUUUAGGUAGAGAUACCAUGAGUUCAGGACUCGUUGGUCUAUCAGUCAGCUACGCCUUACAAAUUACCCAGACCUUAAAUUGGCUGGUGCGCAUGACGUCUGACGUCGAGACUAAUAUCGUCGCGGUAGAGAGAAUAAAAGAGUACGGCGAGACCCCGCAAGAAGCGCCAUGGAAAAAUCCAGAGAAUACGCCUCCGAAAGAGUGGCCUAGACAUGGUCGCGUCGACUUUAAGGACUUUAAAGUCCGCUACAGGGAGGGAUUGGAUCUCGUGCUGCAUGGCCUGACGUUCAGCGUUCUCGGCGGCGAGAAGAUUGGCAUAGUAGGCAGAACCGGCGCUGGAAAGUCCUCUUUAACAUUGGCGUUCUUCAGAAUAAUUGAGGCGGCCCACGGAAAGAUCUUGAUCGACGAUAUUGAUAUUUCUAAGCUAGGGCUUCACGAUCUGCGUUCGAGAUUGACCAUCAUCCCUCAGGAUCCCGUAUUGUUCUCCGGAACGCUAAGGAUGAAUCUGGAUCCUUUCGAUUGCCACUCCGACGAAGAAGUCUGGCGAGCAUUAGAGCACGCUCAUCUGAAAUCUUUUAUAGCAAACUUGCCAAGCGCCCUUUUACACGAAGUUUCCGAAGGCGGAGAGAAUUUAAGCGUAGGACAACGACAGUUGAUAUGCUUGGCGAGAGCGUUACUUAGGAAAACGAAAGUUCUCAUAUUGGACGAGGCUACAGCCGCGGUUGAUUUAGAGACAGAUGAUUUAAUUCAGACUACCAUCCGCCAAGAAUUUAAAGAGUGUACAGUUCUCACAAUAGCCCACAGGCUCAACACUAUUUUGGAUUCUGACAGGGUGAUUGUAUUGGACAAAGGUCUGAUCGUCGAAUAUGAUUCUCCGGAAGUGUUACUUCGCAAUCCAGCUAGCUCUUUCUACAGUAUGGCUAAGGAUGCAGGGUUAGCUGCUUAAGCAAAAAAAAAGAAUUUAUAUCACAUAAUCAUUUUUUUAACGUCUAUACGUUAUCCGCGAGCAGACGUUGAAGUACACGCAAAAACCAUAGAACAAAAAGAAACGCGUAGCCUUAGUAUAGAUUAAUUUGUAUAGUGAAAUGUUUCUACGCAGAACAAGAGAGUUUUACGUAAUCGACAGUGCAAGUAAGCUGAUUUCUCGUCAGAAUUGUUGUCAGAUCUUAUCCUCCGUGAUGAGUAAUGAUUUCUCGAUUGCAUCGUCGAUUAUCGAACCUCAUAUAUCCUAGAAUAAGUUUUGUAGUGUGGUCUUUCAUCACGAAGCAAGCAAUGCGAUACACCUCGGUUCUAAACUAACGUCGAUAUACGAUAAUCCAACUUUAAUUGGGCAGUAAUCGGGUGGAUUCCUAUAUCCCUGAUUAAUAUGUCAGCAUUUCAAUAAAUAGAGCGUUAAUGAAUUAUUUUCUUGCAA